ACAUGCACGAAAAUUAUACUUUCUUUAUGAAUGCAUUAAGAAGUUGGAAACGAAAACUAUUGUGUUUUUCUUUAAAUAGCAACAUUUGAACAUUGUAAAAAGUAAUGUAAUAUGACGCAAUCUUAAACUGAAAUAAAUUGAUACUUCUAUCAUUCACUAUAAUAAGUUAUUAAAACUAUGUUUGCGUCAGCUAUAUCCUUAUUAUUGUUUUACAAUGUUUACAAAUCUAUUUUCUGAUCGUCAUACUUUAUAUUUCCAAUGAAACUUCUGUUAUAACAAUGUAAAUGAUUACGAGCAAACAUUUUUUUUUAUAAAAACGGAAAUUUAAACGCUUUAAAUAUAGCAUGAGGUUUAGCGGUGUCGUCGUUUGACAUGUUGUAGUGAGCUUAACAUUACAAUUACCAAAGGAACCUGAUGUUAAAAACACAGAGGAAUCUGUGAAAACCUUGUAGAUGUCACACUGUGUUAAAAAGAUGUAGAACAUUGUGUUGUUAACAAGAUUUUUUCGUAAAACUCGUACGAAAAAGAAAGACAUGCGGCACUCAGGUCGAUUGUUCUCCAGUUUGAGACAUGAGUAAACAGUGAUUAGGUGCACUGUAGAGAAUAGUGGGAAUAAUGAGGGAAAUGAAACGGACAUUUUCAUUUCUCUUGUUCCUGUUAGCGGGUGGGGUACAGUCUAGUACGUUAUACCAAUGGAUUGUUGACAGUCAAACAAGGUUCAACUAUGACCCAAAUCCGAACAACGCAUUAGGUGUGUAUAAUUGGCCGAGAACGUAUGGUGAAGACUGCGGAGGGGAGCAUCAAUCACCGGUUGACAUUCAAACAGAUUUGGUCCGUUACGGCGUCUCAUGUCAAUGCCCUCGAAUGAUCUACUCUAGCAACAUUCUUCGUGGCAAGUUCAAAAAUAAUGGACAUUCUGCUGAGUUUGAACCCGAGGACGAGCGAAUGCUUCAGCUGACAAAUGUACCAUAUCGAUCUGGAAUGUACAAACUGCACGACUUCCAUCUUCAUUAUGGUGGAGUUACGGGCAGAGAUUUCGAAUUACAGGGUCUACGGUUCAGGGGAAGUGGUAUUAUGUCCGCUGGUUCCGAACAUACCAUCGACGGACUAAGGUUUGAAGGCGAGCUUCAUUUUGUGUUUUACAAUAGUAAUUACAAGGAUCUGGAAGAAGCAGACAACAAAACAGACGGUGUCGUAGUCAUUGUUGUCAUGAUUCAGAAAAUUCAAGGAAGCAUGGCAAACAGUGGCGAAACUUCCAGAUUCUCAGAAUUCCUUGAGAUGAAUAUUCCGCGGAUAUUCCCAUAUCAAGCGAACGCUAGUACAGAAGUAGACCUGACUAUGUUCUUCAACCGAGACUGUGAAUUCUACACCUAUGCCGGAAGCACGACAACACCAACAUGUCACGAAUCUGUUCGCUGGAUCAUUCUAAAGGACCCAAUUAUGGUAACAGAAGAAGCGUGGUUUUUACUUACCGGUCUUCAGUCACGUGGCGAUUUCAACUCCAGGUUUGGUAAUUACAGAACAACGCAACCACUGAAUGACAGAGUAAUCGAGGCAAACUUUGACCGGCCAAAUGGCCCAGUUCGACCGUCACCUAACGGUGAAGCAUUAAUGAUGAUGAUGUUAGAAAUGAUAAAUAUGACAAUGGAAAUGAUGAAUCAAGAUUUAAACAUACAAAACAUGCCUAUGAUGUUAAUGGGCAGAAGUGCUUCAUCACCAGUUGGAAAUGUUCGCGAUAUGCCUUUAAUGUUAAUGUCGAUGCUACAAAGCACAAAUAUGCCGAGUCUUAAUGGGAAUACUCAGAAUAUACCUAUGAUGAUACCUAUGCUGAGAGAUGCAAAUGUUCCAAACCUUAAUGGAAAUGUGCGUGGCAUGCCUAUGAUGUUGAUGCCGAUGCAAAAAGAUGAGAACGUGCCGAAUCUGAACGGAAAUAUGCGGGAUAUGCCAAUGAUGAUGCCCAUGCAGAAAGAUGCAAAAGUUCCAAACCUGAAUGGCAACGUGCGUGAUAUGAGUGGAAAUACAAGAAAAAUGCAAAUGAUGAUGACGCCUACGCAAACAGAUGCAAAUUUGCAGAAUCGUAACGGAAAUAUGCUGGAAAUGCCGAAAAUGUCAAUGUCAAUGCUGAACAGCCCAAAUAUACCAAAUCUAGUCGAUACGAUGCCUACAAUGAUGCCGACGCCAGCUAAUGUCCCUGGAAUGCCGAUGUUGAUGAUGCCAAUUCAAAGAGAUUUGCAGGUGCCAAACCUUAACGGAAAUGUUCCAGGCAGAGUUCCUAUGGGAAUGCCGAAUAUUCCAGUAUUUGACAGAAAUGUUGCCACAAUGAUGUCUCCCGGUAUGGGCAGGAGAGGAAAUGGUCCAAAUUUAGACGGUAAUGUAAGAGGGAUACAAAGACCUGGGUUUUCUAUGCAAACUGAUGUUGCUGGACAACGAUCAAGUGUGAGAAAUAAUAAUAGAAACAACAAUAUGAAUAAUGAAAAUAAUAAUAACAACAGCAACAACAAUAAUAAUAAUAAUAAUAAUAACGGUAUGAUGAGUAACAUGCAGAAUCUUCGACCACUACUAUGGAAUCUGUGGCGUUAAAUUAUAAACCUUAAAGUUAAUUAUUAGUCCAGAAAUGGUAAUAUCAUACAGCCUUAAUGUCGAGUCAAGUGCAUUGAGUGUAAAAUUUUACGUCUUAUCAGAAAAUAGAAACCGUUUCCGCGACUUUGAAUAUUGUCACUAUUGAAAACGUAUCUUUCACAGAUCAUGGCAUCUGCGUGUUCUUAUCUAUCUUCAUACAAAAUAUCUGACAAAACAUGCCGUGUAUACCUCUUGAUAUUAUGCAAUCAGCUGAAAUACCAUUUGGCAUUACUGACAUGCUUUCAUACUAAAUUAUUUCAUUAUAUAUCACAAUGUAUGUACAUAUUGUAUGAAAUCAUUAUGAUGUCUUAUCUUCAUGCAUGCAUGAUCACAAUUACUGUUUAAGUUACAGUUUUUACGGAAUCAAAUUGAGUAUGCCGUUCACUAAACAUUCUGGAUGAUUUGAGUCAAAUAAUUGAAUGUGAGAAGACGUUCAAUAUUUAUUCGUUUGGUGAUGGGUGUUACAUAAUCAUGACAUUACCUCAAACCGUUUCAAGAGAAAAUCAUGUAGUUGCGCAAAUAUUAUCAGCUGAGUUAUAUUUGCCAAAAGGGAAAAUUUUGUAUGUGACAAUUAAUAUUGAUGACACGUUUUCAGUUCAACUGCGCACAAAAUGCUCAAGUUGAGCUAAUGUGAUCGAUUGCCCUGUGUCCGGCGUCCGUCGUCGUUCGUCGUACGUCGUCCAUCAAGCGUCGUGCGUAGUCAGUAAUUUGACUGUUUACACUAUAGAGGUAGAGGUCACAAUUUUGGCUAUAUCUUAAUGAAACUUUAUCAAAAUGUUACUCUCAAUAAAAACUCGGACAAGUAACUAGGACACUAUAGGUAAAUUAAUAGGAAAACCUUGUUGCCACUCUAGAGUCCACAUUCUCAUCUUUCUAAACCUUUGUAUGAAUGUUUGUCUUCAUGACAUCUAGUCAAGUUAGAUAAUUGAGUAACAAAGUUCAUACGCUAGGCCACCGAGUCAAAUCAGAAAAAAAAUUAGAAAAACCUUAUUAACACACUAGUGGCCACAUUUUCUACUUGAAUACUACAUAUCUUUGUCAAAAUAUUUGUCUUUAUGCAUUAUAGAACAUGUUUAGAACUCGAUUGCCUCAGAUAAAAAAAACUAGGUCACAAGGUCAAAUCAAAGGAAAACAUUUUUAACACUCAAGAGGAAUACUUUUUUACUUGAUCUUUACUUGAUAUUCAUGAAACAUUUAUCAGAGUGUUUGGCUCUGUAAAUUCUAGUUUUUGAGAUCUUUAACAAGGGCACUAGGUCAAAUCAUAGAAAAAGAUUGUUAACACUUAAGUUGUCUCUAUAUAUUCAAGAUUGAAUUCAAAUCUAGGUCAUCUGACUUCAUAAACUAGGUCACUAAUUCGGAUCAUAGAAAAAGCUUAGUAACACUCUAGAUACAAGAAUUUUGAAUUGAUAUUCGUAAAAAUUUGUCGGAAUGUUUGUCUCUUUUAAAUUUAGAAUUAUUUUAAAACUGGUUUACCUGCGGUCAAAAACUAAGUCACUAGGUCAUAUCAUAGAAAAACCUUGUUAACUCUUGUGACCACAUUUUCUAUUUGAUCUUCAUAAAAUGUCAGAAUGUUUAUCUUUAUGAAAUAUAGGUUAUAUUCUAGACGGGGUAACUUGAGUUCUUCAAAUAAGUUAUAGGGACAAAUUUAAGAAAAACCUUGUAAACACUCUAAAGGCCACAUUUUCUUCUUGAGUUUCAUACAACUUUGUCAGAAUCUUUGUCUCUUUGAAAUCUAGGUACGAUUGCUUGUCUUAAUUAUCUAGGUAAAAAGUUAGGUCACUAGGUCUAAUCAUAGAAAUGCCUUUUAACACUCAAAGUGUCCCCUUUUUCUAACAGAUCUUCAUGAAAUUUGGUCGGAAUAUUUGUCUGUUUUAAAUUUACGAUAAUUUUUUUAAGUGGGAAUAAUUAGGUCAUUCUGUUAAAUUAUAGAGAAAUCGUUAUUUACACUAUACAGGCAACUUUUUCAACUCCUUCAUAAAACUUUUCAGAAUGUUUGUCUGUUUGAAAUCUUGGUUGAGUUCAAAAGUGGGGUACCUGAGGUCAGAAACUAUUUCACUAAGUCAAAUUAUUGAGAAAAAAAAACUUGGAUAAUGAUCUACCUGAUUUACAUAAAACAUGGUCAAAAUAUUUGUCUCUGUGAAAUCUAGGCCAAAUUGGAUAAAAGGUUAUCUGGGGUAAGAACUAGGUCAGGUGAGCGAUACAGGGCCUUCAGGUCCCUCUUGUUAGAAUAAGUGAUAUCUAUAAAACUAAUUUGUUCAAGAUAUUAUUUAGCACAUGUGCUAAUCUGGUAAAGACUUUUAUAUUACUUUCUGCAAGACUUUAUAAACAUAACAUUCACGCCAAGAUGUUUUCAAUAUACUUUACAGCUGUGGCAAUAUUUUAGGGCAAUGAUUAUAUUCGAUAAUCAAUAAUCGACAUGAAUAAA